AGAGGCAGGGCUGACUCACCCCAGGUAACACAUCCACGUUGCUUGGCUCCCAGGCCCACUGGUGCUUAAUCCAACAUCUUCAUGGUGCAGAUGGGAAAAGAGGGAGAAUGAGAUGGAUGGAGAGUGAGACGAAUGGGGCAAACCAGACGGUCAUGACAGAGUUUGUCCUGCUGGGGCUACACGACCACCACAACCUCGAGAUGGUGCUGUUUGUGCUCUGCCUGGGCAUCUACGCCGUGAACGUGCUGGGGAACGCCCUCCUCAUCGGGCUGAACACGCUGGACCCCCGCCUGCACACCCCCAUGUACUUCUUCCUCAGCAACCUCGCCCUCAUGGACAUCUGUGGCACAUCCUCCUUCGUGCCUCUCAUGCUGGUCAACUUCCUGGAAACCCAAAGCACCAUCUCCUUCCCUGGCUGUGCCCUGCAGAUGUACCUGACCCUGGCGCUGGGCUCCACGGAGUGCGUGCUCUUGGCCAUGAUGGCGUGUGACCGGUACGUGGCCAUCUGCCAGCCGCUUCGCUAUUCAGAGCUCAUGAACCGGCAGACAUGCGUGUGGAUGGCGGCACUGAGCUGGGGGGCAGCCUUUGCCAACUCCCUUCUCCAAUCCAUUCUCACCUGGAGCCUCCCCUUCUGUGGCCACAAUGUCAUCAACCACUUCUUCUGUGAGAUCUUGGCGGUGCUGAAACUAGCCUGUGGGGACAUUUCUCUCAAUGCACUGCUAAUAAUGGUGGCUUCAGCUGUCCUGACGCUGGCCCCGCUGCUGCUCAUCUUCCUGUCCUACGUGUUCAUCCUCACCGCCAUCCUGAGGGUGCCGUCCGCUGCCAGCCGGCACAAAGCCUUCUCUACCUGCUCUGCCCACCUCACAGUGGUGGUGAUUUUCUAUGGGACUAUCUCCUUCAUGUACUUCAAGCCCAAGGCCGAGGACCUCUACUUGGACAAGCUUCUUGCAUUGUUCUAUGGGGUCGUGACCCCCUCGCUGAACCCCAUCAUCUACAGCCUGAGGAAUGCAGAGGUGAAAGCUGCUGCCAUAGCUCUGCUGAGGGGAGAUCUCCUCUCCAGGAAGAUGGCCUGCUUUCCUGUUGUUCUCUAA